GGAGCUACUUCCAGAUACAAUUACUCCUUCAACAGAGACUUUUUGAUACUUCCCAUAACCAAGUUUUUGAUUCAAUUUCCAUCUCUUUCAAGCAAAAAUGUCGUCGUCUUGCUGUGGUGGAAACUGUGGAUGUGGAGCUGGUUGCAAGUGCGGGAGUAGCUGUAAGGGGUGCAAGAUGUACCCAGACAUGAGCUCCGGUGAGAAGAACACCACUCCUGAUACGCUUAUUCUCGGCGUUGCACCCAGCAAGCAGAGUGGGAAUGAUGGAGCUGCGGGAGCUGAGAAAGAAGGAUGCAUGUGUAGUCCAUGCAUGUGCAAUCCAUGCAUGUGCACCUAGAUGAGGAACGAGUGAUGCAUGCCAUGCCAUGGCAUGGUAUAUGGUAUGGUAUGGCAUGGCAUGGUAGGAUGAUGUUAUGUUAUAUAGAUAAGCAUGCAUGCAGUAGGGUUUUUGUUAUUGUUUAUGUGGGUUGAAGUGUGUGUUUUUGGUGUAAUAAAAGCAGGCAGGCAUAUAGAUGUGAUGCUCAAUGCUACUCAUGGAUGUAUGUUUUUAGUUCUUGGUUUCUAUUAAUCAUGUGUUUUGGGGGUUGCA